UCGUAAUUCAACUCCAUUUUUUUUUUUGAGCCAGUCGGGGACGUACAGUUCUUCUGCUUUUCCGCGUCGCCUCCCGUCAAUCUGUUACGGAUUCUCAAUUUUAUCUGUGUUUAAGGAUCGUACACGCUGAUAAUCGUCAAGAACAAAGCCCAUAAUUUCGCUUUCGUUUCAUAUUUUCUUCCUGCUUCGGAUUUCCUCUUCCAAUUUUCAGGUACGAGUUAUAUUCAUCAGAUCCUUGUUUGAGAGCCGCUUACCGGAUAGUUUAUUAGAAUUCAAGAAUUUCUUUGUAGAGCCAGGAUGUUUAGUUUCAUGAAAUCCCCCGCGAAAGUUACUAAGCAGAAUUCUGUAGAUGAAUUAUCAGGCGGAUCUGGCACUAAUCCUUUUGAUUCUGAUUCUGGGCCUGAAGCCAAACAAACUCUUAAUGCUGCAAGAAGAACUUCUUCUGAGCCUGUGCUCAUUAUACCAAACUCCAUUUCCGCCAACGAUUUUGAUGAUGAUGAUGAUGAUGGUUUUGUUGGAAAAAGAAGGACUGCAACUUCUGCAGCCUCUAAAGACAGGUACAAAAAUGAUUUUCGUGACUCGGGAGGACUCGAGAACCAAAGUGUGCAGGAAUUGGAGAAUUAUGCUGUGUAUAAAGCAGAGGAGACCACAAAAUCUGUUCACAAUUGCUUGAAGAUUGCUGAGGACAUAAGGGAAGAUGCUACCAAGACCCUUGACAUGUUGCAUCAGCAGGGUGAGCAAAUUGAGAGGACCCACAGGAUGGCUGCUGAUAUGGAUAAAGAUUUAAGUAAGGGUGAGAAACUUCUGAAUAAUCUGGGAGGCAUGUUCUCUAAGCCAUGGAAGCCAAAGAAGACCAAAGAAAUUACAGGCCCUCUUAUAACAGCAGAUCAUUCCUCUGGGCGAACUGAAAACAACAAGGAGCAAAGGGAAAAACUCGGUGUAUCUACGGGCAAAAAACAGUCGGGGACUAAAACACCGCCCUCUGAACCAACAGGUGCAAUACAAAAAGUUGAGGCUCAGAAGGAAAUGCAAGAUGAUGCACUCUCAGAUUUAAGUGAUAUCUUGGGUGAUCUGAAGAGUAUGGCUGUGGACAUGGGAAGCGAGCUUGACAGGCAAAACAAAGCUCUUGAUCAUCUAAGCGACGAUGUCGACGAGCUGAAUUCUAGAGUGAAGGGCGCCAAUCAGCGGGCUCGUCAUUUGGUUGGGAAGUAAAUCCUGCCUCUUCCCUCUGUUUGUUUCUAGCUGGAAGCAUUUCGAUCAAACAUUCUUUAAUUGUUGGUGUACUAUUCUUUUCUCAUGUGGUCUUAUAAGGUUGCAAUAAGUACAAAGCUUUGAUUCUAUUCUUUCAAUGAAAAAGCUUAUCCCUU